AUGGCUAUUGUCGAGGUCGAAGAGAUCGAUCCUCCCAGUCGAACCGGAUCCGGAGAUAAGGCUGACCCCUCUGCCCGAGUUGAGUUGAGUGACGAGGCUUCAAUAUGUAGCGAUACCGACUCCUGGAAUGAGCCAGCCUUUUGCUACGACGAGAUGGAAUGGAAGCACGAAGAGGAAGCCUCCAGCUACGGCGCUGAUAUCUGUGACGAAGCCGAGACCAUCGUAUCCACAGGCGACGAAACGGACUUCAAGGACCGCGUUGCAACGGAUAUCAUAGCAAAAGCUGUGUACGAGGAGAGUGAUAGCGAUACGGUGAAUCGCAGACUCGAUCUAGAUCGCGCAGACGAUCUACCACAACGUUUAGGAGCCACAGCUUUAAGACUGGCUUUUGAGACCACAUACGACUAA